UGGGGGGGGGGGACAGGCGAAUGAAAUGAAAACGAGGCCAGAGCCUGGCUGAGAGAGGGGAGAGGAGAGGAGGAGAGGAAGGGUGAUGAGAGAAGACGGGGAGGGGCUGUUUGGAGAAAAGCAGGGAAAAAAUUGAGAGAGGCAGGCUGGGGGGUUGGGCUCCGGGAUCUGUGGUGUGUGUGUGUGUGUGUGUGAGUGAGAGUGUGUGUGUAUGCACUCUAUUCCUUUCCUUUCUUUGUUUGACUACUGAGUAGAAAAAAAGCGAGACAGAAAAAGAGUGUGUGUGUGUGUGUGUGUGUGUGCGUGCGUGAGAGAGAGAGAGAGAGAGAGAGAGAGAGAGAGAGAGAGAGAGAGAGAGAGGGUGAGGGAAAGAGGGAGAGUAAAGAAAAAGGAGAUCCAAAGCGAGAAGCACACACUUUUUUUCUGGAAGAGAGAGAGAGACAAAGACGCAAUUCUAUUUAUGUAUGAUUUGUAGCCUUUUUAAAACACUGCAUGCUUCUGACACCAGUGUCAGGUUGGGGGGCUGGUUGUGUGUGUGCGUUUUUAUUUUUUGUUGUUGUGUGCAUCGGUCUGUCGCUGGGUGUGUGUGUGAGGGGAAGCCGGGUUCCCGGCCUCCGUGUCCUUCUGGUUUAAAGGGAACAGAAGGGAACAACACAAAGCUAGGGGCUGAAUGUCGCUGCUGCUGGAGAUUUGCUGAACUAGCCUGCCUUCGCUGCUCUGCUCUGCCCUAGAUAGCUAACACAACACACCCUCUGGAUAUUACUACUACUUAAUCAGCACCUCUCAGCCUAACCCUGAACACGGAGGCGCAGACAGACAGAGAGACAGAGGUGUGGUAAUAUGUUGGUCAACUGAAGCUCUACAACGUCCCUGCCACUGACCAGGCUGAAGACGUGUGAUACAGGGCUGAAGAGAUCCCAGAGAUGAUUGGCUGUAGAAGCUGAGACUUGACGAGACAGCGGAUCUUGAAUUAGGUGCUAUUCUGAAAGCCUAACAGGCUGUAUAGUAUUGGUGUUGAAGACAGGUGUGUAGUCUUCCCUUGGUCUUUGGUGUGUGGCCUUCUCUGUGCUGCAGUGGAGGGCUUCACAGACACAGCUACUGUGGCUGGAUGCAUCACGCAGUAGAGCAGUUUGGUGGGCGUGGCACACGGGACUCCUUCCCUCUGGACGGACUCAGCCGGGUACCAUGGACUCCCGUUGUCAACCGCGCCACCUGGGCGCAACCUGCCAGGUUUUCGCCAGGUGUCAAUCAACACCAGCUCCUCCCCCAUCUAGCGCCAAGUCACAUGGGCGGACUGAACCAUCCCAGUAAAUUCUUCAAUAAUGGGCCCAUGCAGGUUCGUGGUGGGGAAAAGCUGGAGCUGUCCCAGGCCAUGUCACCUAGCCUCCAGAGAGGGGACCUGCAACGCCCCCCUCCUCCCCCCCACCGGGUGUGGGAGCAGUUGGGUCAGCUGUAUGACUCCCACCCCCCUCCUCAUUCACUUGUACCCCUACCCGGCGACCACGCCCCCCGCCUGCACAGCGGUGGAUACAGCACUAGGCCUCCUACCCACCUGCCUUCCAGACCCAAUCAGCUACUGAAGUAUGAGGGUCCUCAGGAGCACCAUGUUCCCAGGGGUCCAGCAUCACUGGGUGAUGAUAUGUGGUCUCAGGUACAGCAGCAGCAGAGGGGUUACCCAGGGAAAAUGCUGGGGGGGCAGCUGAAGAGGCCGGCCCCCCCUCUCGGGGAGCACUCGGUCAUCCAGCACACCCCGCCCCCCUCCCUUCACCACUCCUCUCGCCCCAAUGAGGACUGCCCCAGUCCUAGCAAGAGGAAGAGGAGUUCUGAGCAGAUUCCUCACCCCGGCAUCCAGAGGUUCUCUGGCCCAGGAGGACAGCAGCAGCCCCCGGCCCACCUCCCCCCUCCCCCAUCCAAACCUGCCUUCUGGAACCCCAUACACAAGGGGAACGCCCCCUGGGCCCAGCCCGAACGCAGGAACGGGCCUCCAGAGUUCCAGAUCAGACCUGACUCAGCCAAGUCAAGUCUGGGCGGCUACACCUACAAACCUCCCCCUCCCUCCGCCCCUUCGCCAAUCUCCCCAACCCGCAUCUCCUCCCCGGGAGACUACCCCCAGGGGCGCGGAGCCCCCCCCCCACCCCACAAGCCCCAGUUCCCACCUCAGGCCCUCAAUCAACCCCCCCACAAUAACCACCCCCAGUACCCCAAACAACCAGCUCCAGCCCUGCCUCUCAUGGGGAUGGAGCCCCGGGGAGGUCCUCCUACCCCCCAGAGAGGCCCUACCACUGGGGGCCGAGGAAUCAACAACCAUCCCCCCUCUCAUCCUCCUCACCACCAAGCUCUAGCAAGGGGGGACAGUAGAGGAGACAGGGACAGUAGGGAGCCCCCCCAACCCUCACCAGCAAACCACACCGGCGUGCCUUACAACCACCACCCUCACUUCCAGCCCCACGCGGGGCUGGGGCACAUGGCCCCCCUCCCCCCUGCCCCUGCCUGCAGCACCGCUGUACCUCCGCAGCACAACCCCACCACCCCACACCAUGAGGCGUGGAGGCCCCAGGGCCAGGGGAGGCCACAAAGCAACCACCCCCUGGAGUCAGGUCUCUACAGGGCAGGGCCGGUAUCUCAGGGGCAGCAUCAGAACCAGGUCGGGGAGACCCGGGGUCCUGCACCCCUCCAGCAUCAUCAGCACCCCCGCCCCCACGUCAGCCCCCCUCUGGUCUCCCCCAUAACUCCUACCAGGACGCCAGUCAUCACCCCCACCUUCACCCCCCAUCCCCCCUGCUCACAGUCACAUAACAACCGCUACAGUAGUAGUAUGACUGGACCUGCACUCUCCACUGUGACCACAGCGCCCCCUGCUGUGUGUUCAGCUAACAACACCCCCAGCAGCAGGAGAGGCAGGGAGACGAUGGGAAUGCUCCACCAGACCUCAGUUCCAUCUCAGCUGGAGAGGGACCCAGAGAGGGGGCCCAUCCACCCCAUGCUACACCCAGGGUAUCAGGGAGCCCGCGUGGGCACUGCCAGCCACCCUCACCCCCAGCGGGCACCACCCAGGCCCCAGCAGCAGCCUAGCCACCACCACCACCAGUCUGUCCAGGGGAAGGGUUACUACGGACGGCCUGAGCCUGAUCGCACUCCUUCGUCAUCAUCCUCAGGACACCAGAGGGCAGGGGAGAGCGUUAUCACCAGCAGAGGGUCCUUCCCCAACCCCCUCCCGCAGACGGCGGUCACUAGCUUGCCCCAUGACCGCACCAUGACCGCCCCCCAACCCCACACGGUCAACUCUGCCCCUCAGCCAGGCUCCAAUCCCUCUUACUCCAGACUCUGUGCCCAGUCUACACCCCAGCCCCCCCAGGCUACCACCACCUCAGCCCAGGGGUAUCUUAACUCUCGACCCCAGCCACCACCACCCUCAGCCCCCCAGUCCAUGGAGGAGGCCCUGGAUAAACUGGAUGCUGAGCUGCAGGGUCAUAUGCAGGCCGAAGAGAGGAGAAUGGACUGGGAGAGAGAGCAGGAGGAGAGGAAGAGGAGGGACUGGGAGAGAGAGCAGGAGGAGAGGAAGAGGAGGGAUUGGGAGAGAGAGCAGGAGGAGAGGAAGAGGAGGGAGUGGGAGAGGGCAGAAGAGGAGAAGAAGAGAAAUAAGGAAUGGGACAAAGAGCAGGAGGAGAGGAAGAGGAGGGACUGGGAGAGAGAGAGGGAGGAAGAGGAGAGGAAGAAAAGGAGGGAGUGGGCGAGAGAGGAUGAGGAGAGGAAGAGGAGGAUGGAGAGGAAGGAGGAGAUGAGCAGGAGCAGUAAGGGGAGAGAGGAGUCCGCCAUCGAGAGUCUGGAGAGACUCCUGUCAGGCAGCACUUCUUCUGCCCCACCUCCUCCUCGCCUGUCCACUGUCUCCACCUCCUCCUUUGUCCUACCUCCACCCCCACCACCCCCCAGCCAGUCCUCCUCCUCGCCCCCCUACCCCUGGCUGAGCCGGGCCGGGGCACCCCCUUGUCCCCCAGGCCAGGCACCACCGUCUCCCGCCCCCCUGGAGAGGUCGCAGCCGCCCCCUCUCACCCCCCAGACGGAGUAUGCCAGGGAGAAGCAGAGGCAGAGGGAGAAAUGGAGUGGGAGUCCCCAGUCAUCAUCUCACAGUAGUAACGUUACCUCAGGGAACAACGCCCGGUCCUCGUUGGGGCCCUCCUACCCUAACAACCCCUCUGCUGUUACCUCUUACCCCAACCACCCCUUAAAUAACACCACCAUGCGAGGCACCCCCCGUCCACCCAAAGACACUCCCCAACCCAAGGAGAAAGCUAGUCAGCAGGCCAGAGGAGGAGUGAUGGGGGCUACGGGUCCCCUCCACAGCUCCAUCAGCAUCACCCUCCGAGAGCCCCCCAAACUCUUCCAGGCUUUCCCCAGGGACAGCCUUUCGUCCGCUACCAACCCCUCCAGAACCACCAGCAGCACCUCCAGCACAGGGGGUCUCCUCCACAAGCGCAUGCCCAGCGGAGGCCUAGGCAGCCUGGGUAGCAGCGCCAGCAGCAGCAGCAGCGGAGACUCGGACAGCGCUCAGUUUGAGGAGGAACCAUCGGAGCUCUCUACGUUACUCCCGGACGGUCUGGCCAACAUCAUGGCCAUGCUGGAUGAGUCCAUCAAGAAAGAGGAGGAAUCUUUCUAUAGCAGCGACCGAAACGGAGCUAGAGAAAACAACACCUUCUCUGAUACCGUGCCACCGGACAAGAGCUACCUGUGCGCCCCGGACCUCAUUCCGGCGCCCAAGCAGCAACCGCAGGACGACUUUGUUGGGGCGAACCUCCACGCCAGCCCCCCCGUGCUGAGCCGACAGGGCUCCCUGGCCUCCCCCUGCAGUCGGACCUCCUCCCUCAACGAGGAAGAGGAGGAGGGUUGUCCCACCCCGAAACCCGCUCCGGAGCUCCACAAGCCAGCCGUCCCUCUCAACCCCAACCCCCAGUCAGGGACUAACUACAGCCACAGCGACCUGGCUAAACUCUACGGUCUCCCGGAGCCCGCAAAGAGCGAGUGCGACGACGAAGAUGAGGAAGAGGAGUCGGAAACCCCGUCCAGUUCCCCUCCCCCGCCCCAGAGGCCCCACCUCCACCAGACGGGGGUGAGCAGCACCUUCAAGUCCCCGGCCGCCCUGGAGAACCAGAAGUACACCUACAGAGGAGGUCCAUUUGGCCGCCCGCCCCCCUCCGCUCUGGGGGGACUGAAGUACUCCUCCUCCCUCUCUCUGGGUCCCGACAUCCAACAGCAGCAGAAUAGCACCUCCCCCACCUCCGAUUCCACCAAUCACCCGGGCUUUACACCGCCCCGAAAGUCCCGCACACACUCACCCUCCAACUGGGAGGCCAAGAGACAGGUCAAUAUCAAGAUGGAGGCGCCUGAUAUCUGGAGAGAUGGGAGGGAGGCCACUGAGAAGAGGAUCCAUUCCUCAAAGUCACAUUUGAAUCCCUCCACACAAUCCAUCAAGAUGGAGCCGAAAGAAGAGAUGAAGCUCACUACCAUCUCUGAGUCUUCUCUAGCCGAGCUGGGACGGAGCUGUGAGGUCUCCCUGACCCGGCACUCCAAUUCCCUCCCCAGCAACAACACCUCAGACAGGACCAAGACUGAGCUGAAACACGAGGACAGGUACCACAAGCCUGAGAGAGAGAGGGAACGCGACAGAGAGAAGGACGGAGAGACUGAGAAGAAGAGGAAACACGGCAGCAGCAGGAAACACCAGGACAGGAAAGAGAGGAAGAAAAAGCACCGAGAGAAACGAGAGGAGAUGUCCUCCUCCCACUCCAGUUCCAAACGGCACAAGGAGGGCAAAGUUCACAAGGAGAAGAAGGAGCACCUGCGGAUCCUUGGGAACCUGGACCUCCAGAGCAAGGAGAUCCGGGAGAAGGACCGGGACCACGUUCACGCUGACAUGGAGAGAGACCGGAAGAGGAGGAAACAGGCUGGUUCCACUAGCGGAGACGAACCCUCCGAAUGGGCGUCCCAUAGUAGAAGUGAAAAAAGUUCUGCCUCUUCUCAGGGCAGUGAGGUUGGAUCGACACUGCAGGGUUCGGCUGCUGACUUCAUGAAGCUGAAGGCCCUGUCGGACGGGCCGCCCAAGGAGCUGAAGGCCCUGUCGGACGGGCCGCCCAAGGAGCUGAAGAUCAGGUUGAUCAAGGUGGAGAGUGGAGACAGAGAGACGUUCAUCGCCUCGGAGGUGGAGGAGAAGGGGACAUCGCUGGAGGAGAUCAACAUAAACAACACAGCCGCAGAGGUCAUACGGGCCUGCAAGGGUGCGAGGGUGAAGGGGAAGUUCAGAGAGUCCUACCUGCUCCCUGCAUUCUCUGUCAAGCCCCUGUUUACUACAGAGCCCAUCCCACGGGAGAAACUCAACCCUCCCACACCAAGCAUCUAUCUGGAGAGUAAGAGAGAUGCCUUAUCCCCAGUACUACUGCAGUUCUGUACAGACCCCAAGAACCCUGUUACUGUCAUCAGAGGACUGGCCGGAUCCCUACGACUCAACCUGGGUCUGUUCUCCACUAAGUCUCUGGUGGAUGCUAACUCUGAGCAUGCUGUGGAGGUGAGGACCCAGGUACAGCAGCCUGCUGAUGAGAACUGGGACCCCAGCGGCACGGGGCAGACCUGGCCCUGCGAGAGCAGCCGCUCACACACCACCAUCGCCAAGUACGCCCAGUACCAGGCCUCCAGCUUCCAGGAGAGCCUCCAGGAGGAGAAGGGGAGUGAUGAAGAUGAUGAUAACGAAGAUGAGGAAGACAAAGAGAAGAGUAAGGAGACUAGCUCUGAGACGUCUAACAAAGACCCCACAAGCAAAGACGCUACCAGUACCGAGCUGAAACCAGUGGGGAAGAUCAUCAAGUUUGGCACCAACAUUGAUCUGUCAGACCCCAAGAGGUGGAAGGCCCAGCUGCAGGAGCUCCAGAAGCUACCAGCCUUCAUGCGUGUGGCGUCCAGCGGCAACAUGCUGAGCCACGUAGGACACACCAUCCUGGGCAUGAACACUGUCCAGCUCUACAUGAAGGUCCCCGGGAGCCGCACGCCUGGCCACCAGGAGAACAACAACUUCUGCUCUGUGAACAUCAACAUUGGGCCUGGAGACUGCGAGUGGUUCUCUGUGCAUGAAAACUACUGGCCGGCCAUCAACGACUUCUGUGAAAAGCAUGGAGUAGACUACCUGACCGGUUCCUGGUGGCCUGUUCUGGAGGACCUGUACCGCUCCAACAUCCCUGUGUACCGCUUCAUUCAGAGACCAGGAGACCUGGUGUGGAUCAACGCAGGGACCGUCCACUGGGUCCAGGCUGUGGGCUGGUGCAACAACAUAGCAUGGAACGUGGGACCACUCAACUCCUACCAGUACCAGUUGGCCCUGGAGAGGUUUGAGUGGAACGAAGUGAAGAAGGUCAAGUCCAUCGUCCCCAUGAUCCACGUGUCCUGGAACGUGGCCCGCACCGUGAAGGUCACCGACCCAGACACAUACAAGAUGAUCAAACACUGCCUGCUGCAGUCCAUCAAGCACAUCCAGGUUCUGCGAGACCAGCUGGUGACCGCAGGGAAGAAGAUCUCCUACCAGAGCCGGGUGAAGGAUGAGCCAGCCUACUACUGCAACGAGUGUGACGUGGAGGUGUUUGACCUGCUGUUUGUGACGUCUGAGAGCGGCAGCAGGAAGACCUACGUGGUCCACUGUGAGGACUGUGCCCGCCAGAGGAACCCCAGCCUCUCCAACAACGUAGUGGUGUUGGAGCAGUACCGCAUGGAGGAGCUAAUGAGUACCUACGACACAUUCAACCUGGCUGCAGCGCCCAGUUCACGGUGAUGAAGAUCCUCCACGUCUCGCAGCCAUAACCAAAACUCCUGCCAGACGGGACUAAACACACCUUUUAAAAUGUCUUUUAACCUUUUUUUCCUUCCUUAUUUAAGAUAUUUUUUUACUACUACUGCCGAUCAAAACAGCCAAUCGAAAACCAGUUUACUACUCAUCAUCACUGUUUACAAAACCAAACCGCCAAUCAAACUCCAGUUUACUUUUGUUGUCUACGGUGCUCAAGACCAGCUUACUGGUUUCUGGAGGACUUGAAAAAACGGAAAGGCAGGUGGUGCUAGCUACCAUUGUAAACAUGCAACUGAGUUGACGGUUGUUAUCAAUGGCAUGAAUUUUUGUUAUUUCCAGAUUUCUUAAAACAAAUUGUCGUCUUGAAUACUGAAAUGUGUAAAUGCUGUUUUGUAUUUUUUUGUGGGGUGCUGUUUUCUAAAAUAAUUUAUUUUCCUUUUUUUAAGACUAGAUCAGCCUAGAUAUAUACCACAUUGGCCUUGUGACUUGUAUUUAGAAGAGAAAUAAGAUGGAAAAUACUAAUAAUAGAGAGAUGACAUUUUUCUAAAAGCAUUAAGAAUAAGAAGACCCAUUUUUUGGGGGGGUUUGGAAUGCUUCGAAACAUACGGGUUUUAAAGACAAUUUAGUUUUUUAGUUCUUGUCUUUCUGACUCUUGUAUGUGUUGUAAAUUUUGUGUUUUUACAAAUGUAUAAUGUUUAUUUCCUUAGGAGAGAGAAAGAAGGCAAUUGUCACACCUCUUUAGGACAUCAGGUCUUUGUUUUAAUGAAUUGUUUCCAUUUUUCAUCAUGAUAAUAUUUCAGUUGGUGUAAUAAUUAAUUGUGUUGUACCUCUGAUUUUGUUUAGAGUUUUUUUUUUUAUAUACAGAUUUAUUCUUUUUUUUGGGGGGGGGGGGUUUACAUUGUACAUUGUUCUUUUUUAAUUUAAAAUGUGUCUCGUAUUUAUUGGAUGCCAAUGUUCUCCCCUUGUUUUUAUGGUGAUGUGUCACAGGAGGACAAAGUUUUCUCUGGUGCUUCUUCUGGUUCUAUACAUAUAUAAAUGAUAUUUCUAAUGAAUAUAACUUACACCUUCCCCUGUAGUUGCUAGGAUACACAGCCGAGGUAGAACAUUGACUAACGGAAUACUGUCUUUGUAAUGUGUGAAAAAAACAAAACUACAUUUUCUGUACAUUUUUUAUCUGAGAAAUCGUAAUUUUGUUUUUCAUCCUUUUUAGGGGUCUUUAGAUUAAAUGAAUGAUUUUUAAAAUGUUAUCUGUUGGAGUAUUGACAGUUCUCUGAUGAACAAUUUCUUCUUUUUAAUCCUUUUUAAGAUGAGAAUUCUAUUUUUCCUGUUCCAAAAUACCUUUUCAUUCAUUUUAAACUGCACUGUUUAGAGAAUUCACAGACACACAUACACAACAAACUGAGCCAGACAUGUCUUAAACACUUUGUGAAUUUGUGUGACAUUACUAUGACUAUUAUUAAUAAAUAAAUGCUUUCGAUUAAAGCCA